AUUAACUAAUUUCUCCUCGUUUUCCUCAUUUCGGCUCUGAAACUUCUUGACUUCAGGAAACAUGCGUGAGUGUAUCUCAGUGCACGUUGGUCAGGCUGGUGUCCAGAUCGGCAAUGCCUGCUGGGAGCUUUACUGCCUGGAACAUGGGAUCCAGCCGGACGGACAGAUGCCCAGUGACAAGACCAUUGGAGGAGGAGACGAUUCGUUCAACACCUUCUUCAGUGAGACUUGUUCUGGAAAGCACGUCCCCAGAGCUGUUUUUGUGGACCUGGAGCCCACUGUCAUCGAUGAGGUGCGCAGUGGUACCUACCGCCAGCUGUUUCACCCUGAGCAGCUGAUCACAGGCAAGGAGGAUGCUGCCAAUAACUACGCCCGUGGACAUUAUACCAUCGGCAAAGAGAUCAUUGACCUGGUUCUGGACAGGAUCCGCAAACUGGCUGAUCAGUGCACUGGUCUUCAGGGCUUUCUGGUGUUCCACAGCUUCGGCGGUGGCACCGGCUCUGGUUUCACCUCCCUGCUGAUGGAGCGUCUGUCUGUCGACUACGGCAAGAAGUCCAAGCUGGAGUUCUCCAUCUACCCAGCUCCCCAGGUGUCAACUGCUGUGGUGGAGCCCUACAACUCCAUCCUGACCACCCACACCACCCUAGAGCACUCUGACUGUGCCUUCAUGGUAGAUAACGAGGCCAUCUACGAUAUCUGCCGUAGGAACCUCGAUAUCGAGCGUCCUACUUACACCAACCUGAACAGGCUGAUUGGUCAGAUUGUGUCCUCCAUCACUGCUUCCCUCCGCUUUGAUGGUGCCCUCAAUGUUGAUCUGACAGAGUUCCAGACCAACUUGGUGCCAUACCCCCGUAUCCCCUUCCCCCUGGCCACCUAUGCUCCAGUCAUCUCUGCAGAGAAGGCUUACCACGAGCAGCUCUCCGUGGCUGAGAUCACAAAUACUUGCUUUGAGCCAGCCAAUCAGAUGGUGAAAUGUGACCCUCGCCAUGGCAAGUACAUGGCCUGCUGCCUUUUGUACCGUGGUGACGUGGUGCCCAAAGAUGUCAAUGCUGCCAUUGCCGCCAUCAAAACCAAGCGCACCAUCCAGUUUGUGGACUGGUGCCCCACUGGUUUCAAGGUUGGCAUCAACUACCAGCCCCCCACUGUGGUUCCUGGUGGAGAUCUGGCCAAGGUCCAGAGGGCUGUGUGCAUGCUGAGCAACACCACUGCUAUUGCAGAGGCCUGGGCUCGGCUCGACCACAAGUUCGAUCUGAUGUACGCUAAGCGUGCCUUUGUUCACUGGUACGUGGGUGAGGGUAUGGAGGAGGGAGAGUUCUCCGAGGCCAGAGAGGACAUGGCAGCUCUGGAGAAGGAUUAUGAGGAGGUGGGCGCUGACAGCGUGGUAGACGACGAUGAGGGAGAAGAGUAUUAAGUGCUAGCAUAUUCCUUCUCUUAAUCUCUACCAUCUAGUUUCAUAAAGUUUAAUUGAACGCACCAUUUGUGCUAAUGAAUUACAGGAUAGUAGAAUUUCUUUAUAAUUUUCAGAUUCUUCAGUUUUAGCAAAAAACAAAAUUCUGUCUUGGCUGGAAUCAAAUACUUUUAUCCACUGUGUACUUUUAACAUGACCUAAUCUAUCUUUACGGAUGUUGCCAGCAUGGGGACUCAUACUCCUUUCUAGUCACUUGAGGGCAGUGAUGCUCCACACAUGCUGACUCAACACCAUGUUGAAGUGCUUGACAUUUCAAACUAUUGCAGGUACUUUACCUGACCUGACCUGAGGCAUUAGAAUGGUGAUAUCACAAUUAAUAGUGUGACAAUUCUCCUUUGAUCAUGGCUCAAUUCACACCUCAGUUUUGGCUCAGAUCUUGAGCUGGAUUAUUCAAUCUACAUUCUGUUCAUGGUCUGGCAUUAAAUUAUUUUUUAAAUUUACCAAAACAGGUGUAUUUAUAGUUUUAUAACAGAACAUUGGGAAGAAUACAGAAGUCUUUGGUACGAAAGGUGAGGACAUCAGCAACCAGACAAAGAGAACCCACCAGAGAGGAGGAGAGGCUGUGUGUAUGUGAGGGCACUUGCAUUACAUAUAGCGUUAUCUUAGUGGAAACCUAUUCUGUUUGAUUCAUUUUCCAUUUAAUAUCACAGAAUAAAAGACUUGGUUUGAGUUUUAUUUUUCACUUUCCAGUCCAGUGCUCUGUAAUAAGGAACUAUAUGUGAAAGGAAUAACAAAAAACAAAAGUCUUUAUUGCUGGCAGAACCCCCUCUAUUCUGAUGUUUGUCCAUUUUCUCCAUACCUGAACAAUUUCCAAAUAGACAGUACAAUGAUCUAUUGUCACUGUUUGAUUUUUGGUGUAGAUUUCAGGAUUGUUACACCCAUAUUUACCAUUCGGAUGAGGUUUGACAUGCCUGACUGAGAACCACCAAGGCCAAACGUUGCCUUGGUUUAAAAUUGGGUGUGAUAUUCACUGUGGCGCAAGGCAGGGACAGAGGGCGUCUCAUGCUGGCAGACAGGUGGUGUUUAAAAAUACUUUCUUCUUCUGUUACUAGACUGGAUUUCUUCAGGGUAAUGAAUGAUGACGAGUACGUUCAAAAUCUCAAAGCUAACAGUGGGAGCUGUUACAGAUCAUCAAAAAUAAAAGAUUCACAAGUGUAAAAGUUUUUAAUUUGACUUCAGCUGUAUUUCUGCUCUAAAACAGAAAAAAUAAAGUGGCUUCCACAUUUGCA